AACGAAGGAGAGAAAGAGAGAGGCUUUUCUUCUUCUUCUUCUUCUCCUCUUCCCCUUCUCCGAUCUUUUCUAUUUAAUGCAUCUGCGUAUUCUAAUUCGAACGAUUUAACGGUUGGUAAAAAAAUGAUGGGUAUUGGUCAAAGAAGCUCUUUUCGAAUUGGGAGGGUUACUGGGUAAUGUUUGGUACAGUGGCUCAGUUUUAAAAUUUUUGAUAAAAAAAUGUGGAGCUUUGCGUCGAAUGUUAUUGGGAGUAUGGGGCUUAAAAAGUCUCCUAACGAUCCAGCUCAGGCCUCCUCACAAUGCUCGGAUGACGAGGUUUCGAAUGUUAGCAGGGAUGAAGAAGGGUUAGAAUGCCCUAUUUGUUGGGAAUCUUUCAACAUUGUUGAGAAUGUUCCUUAUGUGUUAUGGUGUGGUCAUACUCUUUGCCAGAAUUGUGUGUUUGGGCUUCAGUCUGCUGUCUUGAGACUUUCGAGUCAAGAUAUCAGGAUUCCAUUCUUCGUUUCGUGCCCGUGGUGUCAGUUGCUGUCAUUCAGGAUCGUCUACACGGGCAAUCUUAAGUUCCCUCGGAAAAAUUUCUUCCUUCUCUGGAUGGUUGAGAGUCUGAAUGGUGACAGGACAAGUCAAGGUUCCUUGCUCAGCGAUAACCACCAAUCUGUUUUGACUCCGAGGUGUAGUAGCAUGUCACUGGGAAACCAAAGCAGCAACAACAGUUUGAUUGCGACGCCUUUAUUGCGUAACCAGUCUACAGAACGUUUGCCACAUCAUGACCAUAGUAGCCAGCCAAGCAGACAACACUUCUCUUUUCACAAAUCUCUUGAUUUCUUCAUCUCUUUCACUUCCAAGUUUCCAUUUGUGAUAAUCUUCCUUCUAAUCGUAUUCUUUGCUAUACCUGGUAGCCUCAUCAUUCUUGCCCUUUACUUCCUCCUUACAAUACUUUUCGCUGUUCCAGCUGGUCUGGUACUAUAUUUUGCUUACCCUAUUCUAGAAAGGUUGGUAAAUGAAAUAACAUCAUCAUGAGUUUUUGAGUUUAUGAUGGAACCCCUUUUUUAGCAUUUGGAGUCUUUUGAUGGUCAGAACUCAGAAGAAGGUUUCUUGAUUUGUGGUAGUUUUGCACCUUUUUAAAAUAAUAUAUUUAUUGUAAGCUUGAGCAUUGUAUUUUGUGAUUUUGAACUCUUGGUUCUAAUAUUGUUGUGAAACUGUCUAAAGUUUUGGUUUGCAGAUUUGUUGCUCAUAAUGGAUCACAUGAGUGUUAUCUCA